AUGUUCAAAGAUAUGGACGGUACUUCUGUUUACAGGAAGCUUUAUCGUACUGCUCAAAAAUCUGGAUCACUUAAUCUGUCUGAUAGACAACUUCAAUUUGUACCAAGUAUAGUUUGGGAGUUGAAUACACCUUUACCACUUGAACAAAGUAAUCAGACGGUUAAUUUUGAAAUUAACGCUGGAGAUGAUUAUCGUUGGUGGGAGACACAACCAAUUACAAAGUUGAAUUUAGCUACGAAUCAACUGACUACAAUUGAAGGUGGCAUAAACAAGUUGGAUACACUGACUUAUCUGGAUCUGCAUGACAAUCAGUUGUUGCAAUUACCUGAUGAAAUUGGAGAUCUUGUCAACUUGAGAACAUUACUGCUGAGUUAUAAUCAACUGAAGAAAUUACCUACAAGUAUAACAAAAUUACAAAAUCUUAGCAUUCUUGACUUGGCUAAUAAUCAACUAGAAAGUUUGGAUGAAAAUAUGGCCAAUUUAAAUUAUUUGGAACGGUUGGAUUUAUCCAAGAAUGCAUUGACCAGUUUGCCGUCGAAGCUACCACCACAAUUACGUCAAUUAAGUGUAGAUCAUAAUCGUUUAAAGAAGGUGACAGAUGGUUUAAUUGAAAAUAUGAAGUUGUUGAAAAUCUUAGAUUUAUCAUCAAAUCAGAUAGAAGAGCUUAUUUUAGACAAAGGUCCAUCAAAUAAUCGUUCUACAUUCCGGUUAUCAGUUCUACAUGUUGAGGUGAAUCGUUUAACAAAUCUUCCAGAUGUUGCUGGUCUAACUGAAUUGAAAGAACUUCAUCUAAGUGAUAAUCGUAUCACAACAGUUGAUUUAACCUGUCUACAAGGAUGUUCAAUCACUGUCUUAGAUUUAGCCAGAAAUUGUAUUAAACAAUUGCCUGAAGGAAUACCUAAAUGUUUGCCAAAUUUAAGUCGUCUUGAUAUUUCAUCGAAUGAAUUGACUAGUAUACCAACAGAACUUGGCUUCAUGGAUAGUUUACUAGUCUUAUUCAUAAGUUGUAAUCCUAUUCGUUCAAUUCGACAGUCAAUUAUUACGGGCUCUACUGAAGCAAUCAAGUCUCUUUUACGUCAAAGACAUAGACCAGAAGAUACCUAUGAACCACCCCAUCAACCUAUAAAUACUGAUACAACCAAUGCUCAGGCGAAAACAGUCGACAACAACAACAACAAUGGCAACACUUCAGAAUCAUUACAGUCAGUCAACAUCCCCAAUAAUAAUAAUAAUACUAUGAAUGGUACAACCGGUUCCAUACCGUCGAAGACAAAUAAGCCAAGUGUAACAGUAGAUCAUUAUGACAUUCAACUGCCGUCUGUUGGACCAUCAGGUAAUUUAGAAUGGAGUGGUAAGACAACACAGAAAUCAAUCAGCGCUGCACAACUGCCUCCGCUAGACUCACCAACAGAAUGGAUACAGGCUGCUACACCGCAUAAAUCUCAAACUAGUCCAGUUGUAAAAUCCUUAUGCGUAACUCAUCGUUCUUUACAUCAAUUUCCACAAGGAAUAUUUGCAUUCGCAACAAGUUUAAGAGAACUGAACAUGAGUUGUAAUCAUUUAGCAGAAUUACCAGAAAAUUUUGAUCAACUCUCAAAGCUUGAAAAUUUAAAUCUAAGUUCUAAUCAAUUAAAACACUUACCAGAGUGUCUGGCCAAUCUAAGUCAACUGAAAACUUUAUGCUUAGACUCAAACCCGCUUGGUCCAGAACUACAGUGUAACAUAGUGUUGAAAUCACCAUUGGUUAACAAGUUGGAAUAUUUAUCAUUACGUGGAUGCCAACUGAAAGUUUGUCCUACACCUGAAUACCUCAACCAGGCAAAUGCACCGAAUCUUUCAACGCUUGAUUUAACAAAUAAUGAUAUUGAUCAGUUACCAGCGGAAUUAGGAUUGUGUACACAAAUCAGAUCCCUUCUUCUACAAGGCAAUACAUUCCGCAUACCUCGACCUGCUAUAGUCGCCAAAGGCACUGAAGCUCUCCUAAGCUAUCUACGUUCACGUAUUCCAGAGUCGUAA